AUGACUAUGUCUCAGGAAUCACCUGGGCUGAGAAGUGAGCUCUCUCCUAAACCUAUCCUCAUCACAUGUUCACUCACCUUUUUCAGUUUUGGGGCUAAAAAUAUAAAAAUAGAAUUAAUUUCUCAUUUUUUGGAGCAUGACUGCUUUUAUAACAAGAUGACAGCUUUAAAGGUUGUUCUAGGCGUCUGUGUAUCAUUCAACGUUGAUGUGAAAAAUUCAAUGACUUUCAGUGGCCCAGUGGAGGACAUGUUUGGAUAUUCUGUUCAACAAUAUGAAAAUGAGGAAGGAAAGUGGGUGCUUAUUGGUUCUCCUUUAGUCGGCCAACCCAAGAACAGAACUGGAGAUGUCUAUAAGUGUCCAGUUGGGAGAGGUGAACCAUUACCUUGCAUAAAAUUGGAUCUACCAGUUAAUACAUCUAUACCCAAUGUCACAGAAGUAAAGGAGAACAUGACAUUUGGAUCAACUUUAGUCACCAACCCAAAUGGAGGGUUUCUGGCAUGUGGGCCCUUAUAUGCCUAUAGAUGUGGACACUUACAUUACACAACUGGAAUCUGUUCUGAUGUCAGCCCCACAUUUCAAGUCGUGAACUCCAUUGCCCCUGUAAAAGAAUGUAGCUCUCAACUGGACAUUGUCAUAGUGCUUGAUGGUUCCAACAGUAUUUACCCCUGGGAAAGUGUGACUGCUUUUUUAAAUAACCUUCUUGAAAGAAUGGAUAUUGGUCCUAAACAGACACAGGUUGGAAUUGUACAAUAUGGAGAAACUGUAACCCAUGAGUUCAACCUCAAUAAGUAUUCAUCAACAGAAGAAGUUCUUGUUGCAGCAAAUCAAAUACUCCAGAGACGUGGUCGUCAGACUAUGACAGCCCUUGGAAUAGACACAGCAAGGAAGGAGGCUUUCACUGAAGCCCGGGGUGCACGAAGGGGGGUUAAAAAAGUCAUGGUUAUUGUGACUGACGGAGAGUCCCAUGACAACCACCGCCUGAAUAAAGUCAUCCAAGACUGUGAAGAUGAAAACAUUCAGCGGUUUUCUAUAGCUAUUCUUGGCAGCUAUAACCGAGGAAAUUUAAGUACCGAGAAAUUUGUGGAGGAAAUGAAAUCAAUUGCAAGUGAGCCCACUGAAAAGCAUUUCUUCAAUGUGUCUGAUGAAACGGCUCUAGUCACUAUUGUUGAAGCUCUGGGAGAAAGAAUAUUUGCCCUGGAAGCGACAGCUGAUCAGUCAGCAGCUUCAUUCGAAAUGGAAAUGUCUCAGACUGGCUUCAGUGCUCAUUAUUCACAGGAUUGGGUUAUGCUUGGAGCAGUAGGAGCCUAUGAUUGGAAUGGGACAGUUGUCAUGCAGAAGGCUGAUCAAAUCAUCAUCCCUGAAAACAUGACCUUUAAUGUCAAGUCUACUAAAAAGAAUGAACCUCUUGCUUCUUACUUAGGUUACACAGUAAACUCUGCUACUGUUCCUGGAGAUGUCCUCUAUAUUGCUGGACAGCCAAGGUACAAUCAUACAGGCCAGGUCAUUAUCUACAGGAUGGAAGACAGGGAUAUCAAGAUUCUCCAGACACUGAGUGGAGAACAGAUUGGUUCUUACUUUGGCAGUGUUUUAACAACAGUUGACAUUGACAAAGAUUCAAUGACUGAUAUUCUUCUGGUUGGGGCUCCCAUGUACAUGGGAACAGAGAGAGAGGAACAAGGAAAAGUGUUUGUGUACGCCCUGAAUCAGCGUAUUCCAUCGGGUGGAGAUGGCAAGACACUGAAAUUUUUUGGCCAAUCUAUCCAUGGAGAAAUGGAUUUAAAUGGUGAUGGUCUGACUGAUGUGACUAUUGGGGGCCUUGGUGGUGCUGCCCUCUUCUGGUCCCGAGAUGUGGCUGUAGUUAAAGUGACCAUGAAAUUUGAACCCAAUAAAGUGAAUAUCCAGAAGAAAAACUGCCAUGUGGAAGGAAAGGAAACAGUGUGCAUAAAUGCUACAGUGUGUUUUGAUGUGAAAUUAAAGUCCAAAGAAGAUACAAUGUAUGAAGCCGGUAAGUGUAACACGUAUAGGAAGUCCAUCAGGGACAAGCAUGAUUUUCGGGACUCUGUAAGGAUAACUUUGGAUUUUAAUCUUAAUGAUCCAGAAAAUGGACCAGUUCUUGAUGAUUCUCUACCAAACUCAGUACAUGAAUAUAUUCCUUUUGCCAAAGAUUGUGGGAACAAGGAAAAAUGUAUCUCUGACCUUGGCCUGAAUGUAUCCACAAGAGAGAAGGGCCUGCUGGUUGUCAAGUCUCACAAUGAUAAACUCAACAUUAGCCUAACAGUAAAAAAUAAAAGGGACAGUGCCUAUAACACCAGGACAAUCGUGGACUAUUCUCCAAACCUAAUAUUUUCAGGAGUUGAGGCUAUUCAAAAAGACAGUUGUGAAUCCACUCGUAAUAUCACAUGUAAAGUUGGAUAUCCUUUCUUGAGAAGAGGAGAAGAGGCAUCCUGUGACAGUGAAGAACCUCCUGAAGCCCUUUCUGAUAAUGAGGUAAACAUUUCUAUCCCUGUGAAAUAUGAAGUUGGACUACAGUUUUUCAGCUCUGCAAGUGAAUACCAUAUUUCCAUUGCGGCCAAUGAAACAGUCCCUGAAAUUAUUAAUUCUACUGAGGACAUUGGAAAUGAAAUUAACAUCUUCUAUUUGAUUAAAAAAAGUGGACAUUUCCCAAUGCCAGAACUUAAGUUGUCAAUUUCAUUCCCCAACUUGACAUCAGAUGGUUACCCUGUGCUGUACCCAACUGGAUGGUCAUCUUCUGAUAAUGAAAACUGCAGACCCAGUAGCCUUCAGGAUCCUCUUGGAAUCAACUCUGGGAAGAAAAUGGUGAUAUCCAAAUCUGAAGAUCUCAAACGAGGCACAGUUCUGGACUGCAGUACAUGUAAAUUUGCUACCAUCACAUGUAAUUUGAUUCCUUCCGAUAUGAGCCAAGUGAAUGUUUCACUUAUCUUAUGGAAACCAACUUUUAUAAAAGCACAUUUUUCCAGCUUAAAUCUUACUGUAAAGGCAGAACUUCAGAGUGAAAAUACAUCCUUGGUUUUAAGUAGUGGCAAUAAAAAAAGAGAGCUUGCUAUUCAAAUAUCCAAAGAUGGGCUACCAGGCAGUGUGCCAUUAUGGGUAAUCCUGUUGAGUGCUUUUGCUGGAUUAUUGCUAUUAAUGCUGCUCAUAUUAGCCCUGUGGAAGAUUGGAUUCUUCAAAAGACCACUAAAAAAGAAAAUGGAGAAAUGA